AUGUAUUUGCCGAUGAACCUUUUCUGUGAUAUAAAGAGAAAUAGAUCGCGCCAUACGGGGGACUUGGUGCAGCAUUUUGUGAAACCCGUUGACGAUUGUCGAUCGCGCCCAGGUACCAACCAUCCUUACGCACCGAGUACACAUUCUGAAAGGAUGUAUCCAAGACGGCAUCCGACCGACGAUGCCAGUGAAUCCGGAAUAUUCUAUUUGGUGCCGAAUCGAAAUGGACCUGGGAAGAAGAUAGUCAAACGGCCUCGUCCUCCGCCUACAUCGCCGCCAUUGGACGAUGAAUUUGAUGCAAUGACACACGCAGGAACGACAGCAAAAGCUCCCGAAACCGAGUUGUUCUCCCACCCUCAGCGGUCAGAGCAGACCAGGGCAACCUCACCGCCUAUUGACAAUAACGAUGGUCACAAGCGCAGCGUGUCUUCGCCGGAACCAGAUGCAGUCAGAAAACGCGAAUUCAACUGGAGGCCAUCCAGUCCUGCGCAGUCGUUUGUUGAGAAUACACCCAAUAUGCCUCAACGACGGAAAGGAAAAGCCAGAGAUGAGGGCUUUGAACGAUAUGGAGGAUACGAGAAUUAUAUGACUGAGAUGGAGAGGAUGUUCGGCGGGCGCGGAGACUUGGAUUUGAGCGUCAAGUUGCUUGGAGUGGAACCAAAUCGUGAGAGCUACCAAUUAGGGAGGGUGAAGAGUGGUGGUACGGCGAGAUCGAGAAGGGCGAUAGUAAGUCCCAAGGGGCCUCAUGCCGAACCAUCCGAUAGCGUGGAGGAUCAUGGCCCAAAGGCUGGCCAGACUUACGAGGUCGUCAACCGCCAAGUUGUUGAAGAUGGUCCCGAUAGAACUGUCACAAUCGCAACGUGGCGAGAGCAGGUCGCGAGAGAAGCUAACCCAGAAAUCGACACCAUGAGUGUUUAUUACGUGAGCGCGGAGGACUAUGCUCGAGAUGACGUGAACGAAUAUGUUGACGGGAUGGAAACAGAAGUGGAGACUCAUGUUACGAAGUCAUUGAGUGGCAAGGAGGUAUUGGAACUGGAAGAAGGCUCCCGGGCUCCGUCUCGUCCGGAUGACAGAAAUGCGUUGGAGCAGGUGCCACUGAGGCCAGUCCUGUCGCCCAAUCAGCAUGAAGAAAGGCCUCCGACGCCUCCUCAGAAAGACUGGCGCAGGCCAAUGUAUACAGAGCAUUCGCACACUAGAGAUGGCACCGCACUCCCUCAGCGAGGAAACCGUAUUCCUCCACGUGCCUUGACUCCGGACAGACGAUCGCAAUCUGGAACGACAUCUUCUGUCAGAUCUCCAAUAGGGAAACAACCGGCCAUGUCGUAUGGUAUGACGCCGCCAAGUCCGCCACGAACGUCCACCCCAGUCCAAAACAGUCCAUUGUCGUCGAGCCACGGCAAUGUACCGCACGAGUCGACUCCCAUUACAGGUCGGAUGCCGAAAGGACCAUUCCACCCUACGGCAUCUGGGUCCACGAUCACCAGCAUCAAAUCCUCGUCAUCCGAUUCCCUUGCUUUCGAAAGAAUAUUGGAGUCUUGCAGACCCUCUAUCGUACACAUUGCGCCCAUGCUGGCGAGUCUCGGAAUUACAAGCGAGGAGCAUCUCGCAGCGAUAGCAAGACUGAGCCCAGAUACACGAGAUCGAGAAGUCAAGGAUGAGGCUUUGAGACUUGGAGUUACUGUCAUGGAAUGGGCGAUUUUAGUCGAUCGCUUGUUAUCGCUCUAG